AUAAUUAUCAGAAUUGCAAAAAGGCUGAAUAAAAUCAACAUCUGAUGUUGUUUCUUUCUUUUUCAGAAAUGGCUCAAACUCUAUAUUUCACACUUCUUCUCAUUGCUCUCUGUUCAUUAUCUGAAUGCAUUCUGCGCCGCUAUUACCAUAUAAACAUGAAGACGAACUGGACUAAAGCUCAGAUAUACUGCAAAGAGAAUUACACAGAUCUGGCCACAGUCAACAACAUGAACGACAUGAAACAAGUGAUGAAGAGUGUGAAUAACAGUUCCACUAACCUCAUCUGGAUUGGACUGAGGAGAUCAAAUGUUUAUACAUGGAAGUGGUCUCUGGGUGAUCCUGUGAACUAUACUAACUGGUAUAAUGGAGAAUUAAAUGGUUCGAAAAAUUGUGCUUAUAUGAGAAAUGGAACAUGGGGUCAGCAGGACUGUAAUGUGAACAUGAGCUUCAUCUGCUACAAUGAGAGCAGUAAAGGACACAUCAUUGGAACUUCUAAUAAAACAUGGAGAGAUGCUCAGAUCUUCUGCAGACAGAAUCAUACUGAUCUGACCAGUGUGAGGAAUCAGACUGAGAAUCAACAGAUUCAGAUGAUCAUGAAUGACAGUCAGAUAUCUGUCUGGAUUGGUCUGUUCAGGGACUCAUGGGAGUGGUCAGAUAAGAGUGACUCCACCUUCAGAUACUGGCUGGCUGGUGAACCUAAUAAUGCUGGUGGAUCUGAAAAUUAUACAACUCCCAGUGUAAUAGAUCAGGGACAGUGGAUCGAUUCGCGUGGAGAUUUCUCUCUUACUUUUGUGUGUCAUGAAGAUAAGCUGAUACUGAUCAAGAUGAAUCUGAGCUGGUCUGAAGCUCUGAGAUACUGCAGAGAGAAUCAUAUGGAUCUGAUUUCAGUUGAGUCAGAGGAGAUUCAGUACAUGGUGACAGAAGUGAUUCAUCGAGCAUCUACUGACGCCGUGUGGAUGGGUUUACACUAUUACUGCCUCAUGAACCUCUGGAUCUGGAUACGAGGAGAGGCUGUGUGCUAUCAGAAUUGGGCUCCAGGGAACGGGACAAAACUAAUGGACUGCAACACUGAACACAGAGCUGGAGCAGUUCAGUCUGGAGGAGCUCAUCGCUGGAUCAGCCUUCCUCAAUCUCACCAACUCAACUUCAUCUGCAUCAAAAAGGAAUGAAAUCAUGUGUCUAUCAAUUCUUUUUUGUUCCUUGUUAAUUAUAUUUUUUUGUUUGUUCUUUAGCAUUAGGAACUAUUUAAUACAAACACACUGAUUAAUAUAAAUAUUACAUUAUUGUAUGUAUAUAUACAGUAUUGUUCAAAAUAAUAGCAGUACAAUGUGACUAACCAGAAUAAUCAAGGUUUUUAGUAUAUUUUUUAUUGCUACGUGGCAAACAAGUUACCAGUAGGUUCAGUAGAUUCUCAGAAAACAAAUGAGACCCAGCAUUCAUGAUAUGCACGCUCUUAAGGCUGUGCAAUUGGGCAAUUAGUUGAAAGGGGUGUGUUCAAAAAAAUAGCAGUGUGGCAUUCAAUCACUGAGGUCAUCAAUUUUGUGAAGAAACAGGUGUGAAUCAGGUGGCCCCUAUUUAAGAAAGUAGCCAACACUUGUUGAACAUGCAUUUGAAAGCUGAGGAAAAUGGGUCGU